AGUGCUAUAAAUCAACUGUAAACCACUCCAAGCAAAUCAAACUAGCCUCUCAGUUAACAAAAGAAACAUUUACAAUUUUUCAGCAAAAAAAACAAUGAGGAAUUUUCCAAACAUAACAGAUCACAAGAUGUCAACAAUAGUGGAGUCUCAGACAAGGCAUCCAUGGCGUACACCAGUCCCUUACCUAUUCGGUGGUUUAGCCGCGAUGCUUGGACUCAUAGCCUUUGCUCUCUUGUUACUCGCCUGCUCCUACUGGUCACUCUCACGGCGGACAGACAGCGAGAAACCGACGGAGACUGAUGAAAAGGUAACUGCAAAGGUUUUCGAGGAGAAGAUACUUGUGAUCAUGGCUGGACAUAACAAACCAACCUUCUUGGCCACACCUGUCGCGGCCAAGACUUGCGUGUCAAGCGUAGAAUGCGUAAUUAGGGAGGGUAAAGAAGGGCAAAAUGGAGAAUCCACGGAAAUAAAAGGGCCGUCGUUUUCUUCUGAUGAAGAAACCCAGUGAGCUCUGUACACUGUACUCGAGAGUGUUUUUAUUUUGGCGUUUCUAUCGCCCUCUGUUUUUGUUCCUUUUUUUUGGUUGUUGUUGGGAUUAUUUUCCUCUGUUUUUCUCGACCAUGAUAUUGUAAAUCUUCAUCAUGAUUAACUCGGGUUACUAGAGUGAAAUUUUUACCGGAAAUUAAUAAACAGUUUCUUAACUUC